UCUAUAAAGGCUUUCCAGAGGUCAGUGAAGGAGCAGUUGCAAAGAGGGAGAAUAUAUUAAUAUAGUGACAAUGAUUAACUCUGUGGGACUGGGCUUUGUGGUACUGCUCUCAGCAAUGGGAGCAGCAACAAUAGAGAGAGCGGAGUAUGACUACUACAGAUACCAUCCCAUGCCAGAGAUCUUCAAAUGGAUGCUUCAGAUUGCAGAGGAUCACUCUGAUCUUGUCACCAUAGUGAAUUAUGGACUCAGCUAUGAGAUGAGGACUAUUAGCUUGCUUAAGAUUGGUCUGAAUACUGGAGAGAAAAAAAAAGCUAUCUGGAUGGACUGUGGUAUACAUGCCAGGGAAUGGAUUGCCCCAGCCUUCUGUCAGUACUUUGUAAAACAGAUUCUGCAAUCAUACCAAACUGACCCGAAAAUGCAAGAGAUGAUGAAGAACAUGGACUUCUAUGUCACACCAGUGCUCAACGUGGACGGCUACAUCUAUUCCUGGAAGGACAACACGACUCGACUGUGGAGGAAGAACAGAUCACCAGGACCUUCAGGCUGCGACUGCUACGGCACUGAUCUCAACCGCAACUUUGAUGCCAACUGGGGCACGGUUGGUGUGUCAUUUAACUGCUGCUCAAACAUCUACUGCGGGAGCAAACCUGUGUCUGAGCCCGAGGCCCAGGCUGUAGCUGAUUUUGUAGGAAGACGGAAGGACGACUUCCUGUGUUUCCUCACCAUCCACUCCUACGGCCAGCUGCUCCUAGUUCCCUAUGGACACCCCAACUUCACCGCCUCCAACUACGACGAGCUGAUGAAAGUGGGUUUGGCUGCAGCAGACGCCAUUAAGAAGGUCCACGGGAAGAACUACACUGUAGGAACCUCACCAGAUAUAUUAUACCCCAACUCUGGUUCAUCCAGAGACUGGGCUCGCAUGCAGGGCAUCCCCUUCACUUACACCUUUGAGCUGAGAGAUGAUGGGACGUUCGGCUUCAAGCUCCCGGAGAAUCAGAUCCAGCCGACCUGCGAGGAGGCCUACCAAGGAGCCCUACACAUCAUCACCCACGCCCACGACAAGACCUUUAGCAGCGCCGUGGCCACGGCUGCUGCAACCCUGUGGACCAUGCUGGUGGCAGUGGGUGUUACCUGUGCCACUCAGAUGUGAGGUGGAAAAAAACUGUAUGAAGGGAAGUGAAAGCUGCACCGCUCUCAUCAUCCUGCAUAUACGGCUGUUAGUCUGUUUCAGAAACAGGUUGGAUUUUUAAAAUCCAGUAUUUGCAAGAUUUUUCUGACCUCACCUGACAGAACUUUAUGCUCAUAUCUGUAUCUGCUGAAUGAAUAAUAAUGCAUCCAUGGCUCAAAUUACUACACAGCUUUUUUCUACUCAGAUUUGUACAAUGCUCUGCUGUUUGUCCAGUGUUUAAGUUAAAGUUAAAGUUGUCUGGUUUCUUCAUCUUUCACUCGGGAGCAAAAUCUGCCUUUAGACUUGAAAGAUAUAAUGAUCUGACAUUAAUCAUGAUAAUUAAUGAUACUGACUGACUGAUAACAUUUUUGGUCAUAUCAGCAUACCAGCCCCACCCAAGACUAUUUGCUUUCAUCACUGACAUGUAGCCAACAUUACCUGGCACUAAAAAGUACCAACUCAUCUAUAAAAUAUUCUAAUAUAUGAUAUUUUCCCUUUGUUCAUGCAGGUGUUUUAAUUGUGCCAUUAUCUGCUAUCUGAAACAUGAAUAAAAUCACAGC